AAAGACUUGGGAGACAUGGGAACAGAAGAAAUCAACGCAAAUAUCCCGACAGACGCAAGAGACGAUUCAAUGGCUUUUUCUGGAAUCCCGCAAAAMCCAAGUCCAUGUUUACCCGUCGAUAGUUCUUCUAGUAACAUUCAAAGCAAUCCACCUUCCGUGUUAACCGAGUUCAAYGAAGUUACYGCAAACAUUGAUGACGCAGUUGUCAUGAUAUCAAGCGAUGGUGAAGAAAUCAUGUCUUCUCUAAAGCGCCUGCGCGAGACAUCGUUGGAUCUCAUUCUUGAUUCCGAAACCAGGCCUAAAAAAAUACAAACUAUGAAUUCAGUUGAAGACGCAACAGUGCAAAAUAAUUGUAACGUUUCUCAAAGAAAGGAAUUUUCUGGCGGCAAUGUUAGUGUAGCGGAGGCAACGACAGAAGAUCACAAUGAAGAAGAUCCAGGGUUGGGCGUGUUUCGCUGYGGUCAAUGCGACAAARUCUUCGCUCAGAAAUCUGUGCUGCAGAUUCACAUUUGCACACGCUCUCCUAAUAAGCCCUUUCAGUGCGGGUUUUGUGGGGUUGCAUUCGCGAAUCCCAAUGAUCUGCGUGUCCAUGCUAGUGGUCAUUGUAACGAGAAGCCUUUCAAGUGCGGGUAUUGCUUUCGAUCGUUUUCUGGCGCUACCACACUGAAUAAUCACAUUCGUACGCAUACUGGAGAAAAGCCAUUUAUCUGUGAAAAGUGUGGGAGAACCUACUCCCAGGGAUCGCAACUCAGUAAACAUCUUCGUCUUUCAAACUGUUACAAACAUGUUGAAGACAUAACAUCAAAAAUCAUGUGAUUGCAUACUGGAGAAAAGCUAAUGAUCUGAGAAAAGUGAACAAAAACAUUUUACUCUUUAAAAAAAACUUGUUCGUUCAGGCGCGGCUCUAUACAGAGGGCUUCUCAGUGUUAAGGUCAAGUCAUUACUCCAGCUUCAUAUUAGCAACAUUAACCAGUGUUUCACGUACCAUCUAUGCACCAUGAGUUCGUAAGGUUGCUGAUAACACACGCUAUAAUUUUAAAUUGUGACAAAUUUCCGCUCUAAUAUAUUGCGCUGGUAACGCAAUACACCGACAGGGCAGAAAAACGA